AUGGCUGCCCCUACGCAACAAAUCAAAGAUUGUCGGUUUGAGAAAUGGUGGAAGGAUACUGGCUUAUGCAAGUUGCUAGCAUGGCAGGUUACUAUCCUUGUAUCGCAAAUGACCACUGGCUAUGACGAAAGUGUGGUCGGAAGUUUUCAGUCCAUGAAGCCUUGGGUCAAAGACAUGGGCUACCCUAAUGUCUCACAAAUUGGGCUCAUUACUGCCAUUGUAUUCGUCGGUGGGUUUGUGGGUGCUUUCAUAGCCUCGCCUACUGCAGACUAUCUCGGACGAAGAGUAGGCAUGCUGGUUGGCGCAAGCCUGACAUUUACCGGCACAGCCAUUCAGACUGCGGCACAAAACUCAAAUAUGUUUAUCGGUGGUCGAUUCUUGAUUGGUCUUGGAAUCAGUUUCACCUGCGUUGCUGGUCCGUCGUUGUUGUUCGAACUAGCUCGUCCGUCCAUGCGCGGCACAAUAUCCUCUUUGUUCAACGUACUUUGGUAUGUCGGGUCUAUCAUCGCCGCGUGGACAACCUUUGGAACUGGUUAUAUGCCUACCAGCUGGUCAUGGCGGAUUCCGUCCCUCAUUCAGGGAAUCCCAGCCCUCCUAGUGAUAAUUUCCGUUCUUGCUGGGCUGCCCGAGUCUCCUCGCUGGCUUUGCGCAAAUGGCAGAGUGGAAGAGGCCAAGACACUGCUUGCAAAAUAUCACAGCAACGGUGAUUUGCACUCCGUACUCAUCAUUCGAGAAAUCAAAGAGAUAGAAAUAACACUAGAGACUCAGAAGAGUAUCACCUCCAGUGGUCACAACACUUGGUCGAGUCUCUACCGCUCGCCAGCGAAUAGGAAGCGCAUUGCUUUGGUUGCUACAGUGGCCUUAUUGACGCUUUGGAAUGGCCAGGGUGUGAUCUCAUACUAUUUCAGUCCUAUCUUGACCAGUAUCGGUAUCACCUCUACACCACAGCAGACUGGUAUUAAUGGUGGUCUACAGAUAUGGAACUUGUUUUCUUCACUGGCAGGCGCUUUGCUGGCAGAUAGAAUAGGCCGACGAACUCUCUGGCUUACCUCAUUCAUCGCCAUGAUUUUCGCCAACGUGCCGCUCACUAUAUCUUCAGCCAUGUACACCAAGAGAGGAUCCAAAGGGGCCUCGUAUGCUGUUGUCGUCUUUCUGUUUUUCUACGAUGCUGCCUUCAACUUGGCAAACAAUCCGCUUCUGUAUUGUUACCCGACAGAAAUUCUGCCAUUUUCGAUUCGUGCCAAAGGACUGAGUAUUCAGGUAGCUGUAUCGCAGGCAGCCUUAACCAUCAAUCAAUACGUGAAUCCGAUCGCAAUGGAACGGAUUGGAUUUUACUAUUACGUCUUUUAUCUUGGCAUGCUUAUUGCCGGGACUCUCGUUAUAUAUUUUACAUUUCCCGAGACCAAAGGCAAGACUGAAAUUGAAUUAGCUGCUUUAUUUGAGGAUCCUGGAUACGAUCGUGGAAACGCUAUAACUCUUGAUGGUCUGGAGGCUGGAUCCGGCCCUCAUACGUUGGUCUGCGAGAAAGGCUCAGUGGUCACCAAACCUGAACAUUAA